AUGAAAGAAGAGGAGCCACCGACCGUGAUUGAGAAGGCUCAUGGGAUGAAUAUAUGGCAUGUUAUUGAAAAAAUACCAAGGCUUGGGAAAUUGCUGAAAGAAGCGGAGGAGAGUGAUUCUGGGUUAAUAACAAAAGUGGUUGUCGAUGAGUUUGGCGUGCAUUUAUUUGGGAAAGUGAAGUCUGUUGUGGAUGUUGCUGCAGGUUCGGUGAUGAUUUCUAGAGCGGUGGCUCAGGCUUUUCCCGAGGUGAAGGUGACAGUUCUUGAUUUACCUCAUGUUAUUAAGGUGAUGGAUAAGAGUGAAUGUAGGAUUCAAUAUGUUGAUGGAGAUAUGUUUGAGUACAUUCCACCUGCAGAUGCCUUGGUGCUGAAGAAUUGUCACUCACUCAAGAAUUGCCACGACUCGAUAUUCACUCAUGGGAUGAAGAGGGGCCACAUACUUAUAUGUUUUUUUACAUUCUUGCCCUGGGCAGCUGCCCAGGGCAAGCCUUCACUGGCUAUGCCCCUGGUGAUUAAACAAGUGCAUUUACUACUCAUUAUGGCAAACUUACACACAAAGUGGCAUACAAUACUGUUGGGAUCCCUCCUUAAUUGGGAAGAUUCUAAAAAAUUCUAG